AUGCCAGUUCCACUGAAUUUAGAUCAAAUGAUGGACGAGCAUGCGGAUUUUGCUGGAGGCUUCAUUAAUUCUGGAAAAUUGGACGGACAUCAUGUGGAAGCACCAUGGCUUAUGAAGGAUGUUGAACCUUUCAAACAAGGUGCUGAAGCUCGCUUGUACCAGUGCAUUUAUUUUGGCCGAAAAGCAAUUGUCAAGGAACGUUUCGUAAAAAAGUACAGGUGCGGGUAA